AUGGGCUCCAUUCUUGAUCUGCUCGGCAAGGCCGACAACCUCAGCGACCCCAUGCCGAUAUUGAACGAGCGAGCUGCAGUGCUUGGCAUGGUUAUUUCUUUCCUGGUGGUCGCCUGGAUCUGCGGCAUCUUUCGACUUUACGUUCGAUUCUUCGUCGCCCAUUGCCUGGGAUGGGACGACUUUUUCGUCGUGCUGGCCAUGAGUUUCUACGUAUGCGGUGGCGCAUACGCGAUGGCUACGGCCUUAAUCAAGUUGGCGUUGCUGUUCCAGUAUCUGCGCAUGUUCGAGGCCGGCUCGAAGUCGCGAUUCGUCACUCUGGUGGUUAUCUACAUCACCGCCGCGUGGGGUCUGGCCUAUAGCUUUCUCGCCUUCAUCCCUUGCUUCCCGGUCUCUGCAUUCUGGAACUUGACAACGGUCACGAAGGACAGAUGGGCUUUCGGCUCACACGAUCCCGUCAUCUUCGCGCGCACUUUCGAGAGUCACGUCGGCAUGAACGUAGCGUUGGAUCUCAUCGUAUUCCUCAUUCCCCUUCGCCUGUUCUUGGAGCAGGGCCUGAGGGCGAAGUCACGUCUCGGCCUCUUGGGUCUUUUCACUAUGGGAGUUCUUGUAAAUAUUCUGGGGAUUUUCCGAUUGAUUGGCAUUAGCCACUCCCAAGCCGGUACAUAUCCGACACUGGACCCCUCAUGGUACGGUUGCGUGCCCAUUGUUCUCGCCGCCGUCGAGGUCAACCUCGCCACAAUAUGCGCCUCACUGCCGAUCUUCUGGCCCGUUCUCCAGAUGAACUUGGGCAAGAUAUUUAUCACGAAGGAAAUCGAGAUCACAUCUGAGGUCAGGCGAUUCAGCGGCGACGAAGAAAUGGUCGGCGAGCUUGGUGAUCUUUCGCCACAAAAGUCAUUGAAGAGUCUCGGCAGAGACCCCAAUCCGAGGUGGUCGGACAUGUAUGCCCCGUCCCCGGAUCGUUCAAGGGCGAUGAAGGUGCACGUUGAGGUGGAAUCAGGCCACAAGCAUGGCGAAAAGCUAUUUGUUUCUGAGCGUUCCAGGCGAGUUCUUGACGACCACGAGUCGCAAGAACAUAUUGUUUCUUCCAAUGUUCCAUACGUUUAG